CUCGAGCUCUGUCUGGAGCUGGAACGGUACGACUGGGACGUCAUAGGGCUUGCCGAGAUGCGGUGGACGAGCUCAGGAGAGGAGGGUACUCCCUUCGGACACAAGCUGUUCUACAGUGGCAGUGAGAACAGGCAACUAGGCGUUGGCUUUCUCGUCCACAACAGAGCGGCAGCGGCAGUCCUAAGUUGGGAGCCCAUCUCGAGCAGACUCGCAACCAUUCGUAUAGCGGCUCGACCACGAAACGUCUCAGUCAUCGUAGCUCAUGCACCUCACGCCGAUCGAGGGGACAACGAGGUAGAGGUGUUCUAUGAGCAGCUGGAGGAAACGAUGAGGGGGAUCCCCAAGAAAGACUUUCUAGCCGUGGUGGGAGAUUGGAACGCCAAAGUCGGCCCAGAUGCAUUUGAAAAGUGGGCCGGCACCGUGGGUCAAUACGGUCUAGGAACGACCAACGACCGCGGAUGGCGCUUGCUUGAGUUCGCUGGAACCCAUAAGAUGACCCUUGCGAACACGCUCUUCCCGCACAAACCUUCAAGGUUAGCGACCUGGACUUCACCCGACGGCGCGGUCAAGAACCAGAUCGACUAUGUGCUGAUCCCCCAGAGCUGCCGUUCAGGCCUACUGCAGGCAGGGACACGAGUGUACCCGGGUGCGGACAUCGGGUCAGACCACAAACUCGUGAUGGCUUCCCUGCGCCUGAAAGUCUCGCAGCAGAAACGGGAGAACAGCAAACGCAUUCGCUGGUGCACGGAGAAACUCAGUAACCCUGGCCACGCAGUGGCUUUUCAGGUCGAGGUGGGGGGCAGGUUCUCUGCCCUCAACCUGCUUGAUUCCGACCUUGACGUGGACGCUCUCGCGGAAAACGUCAAGCAGGUGCUUCACUCCUCAGCAGACAAAGUGCUAGGGAGGAAGCCGCCAACCAAGGUGCCUUGGAUCACAAAGAAAGUUCUCAGACUUUGUGAGCUAAGGAAAACCUUGAAGACAAAAAGGCGGGGAAGCCCUGAAGCCGACGUGGCAUACAGGAGAGUACACCGGAAAGUGCAGAAAAACAUAGCGGCGGCGAAGGAGGCGUGGCUAAACGCAAAGUGCGACGAGGUCGACGAGGGAAUCAAAUGGGGCGACUAUAAGAAAGCAUUCGCAGCGUUGAAAACGCUCACCAACGAUGGUCCGCGAAAAGGCAUAACCAAGAUUGAGGAUAAGAACGGGAAGCUGGUCAAAGGGAAAACCGAAAUACUCAAUCGACUCACGGAAUAUUGCCAUGAGCUGUACAACGCCCCCAUCGAAACAGAUGCGACCGUACUCGAAGGGGCACCACCACCCGCAGAGGAAGUACCGGACUUACAAGUCCUACGAGCGGAGGUGGAAGCAGCAAUCAGGGACCAGGGAAAGCGGUUGGCAUCGAUAAUGUCCCAGCGGAACUCAUCAAAGGUGGAGGCGAGGAGCUGACGAGCGUGCUGACCAAAAUAUGUCGCGAAAUCUGGCGAACCAAGCAGUGGCCGAAGGAGUGGCUACGGUCUGUCGUUGUACCGCUGCCAAAGUCUGGAAAUAGCUCCAAAUGCGAGAACUACCGGACGCUGAGCCUGAUUUGUCAUCCUAGCAAGGUUAUGUUGCGCGUGCUACAACGGAGACUAACAGCGGCCGCAGAACCGCUGUUAGCAGAGGAGCAAGCCGGAUUCCGGGCCGGCCGAAGCACGAUAGAACAAAUCUUCACCUUGAGAGUGCUGGUGGAGAAACACACGCAACAUGGUAUUCCAAUACACCAAAACUUUGUGGAUUUCAAGAAGGCUUUCGACCGGGUCUGGCACGCGGGGCUAUGGGACACCCUUCGGUCAUUCCAUGUGGACGAGGGUCUGAUCCGGACCAUCAUAGGCCUCUAUGAUGGAUCUACGAGUACCGUUCGGUUGCAUAACAAGCUGGGGGAGCCGUUCCCCAUGACCGUAGGCGUCCGCCAGGGCUGUAUCCUAUCUCCGACGUUGUUCAACAUCUAUUUGGAAAAGGUGAUGCGCAACGCGUUGGAAGGCCACGAAUCCUCGGUGUCGAUCGGAGGAAGACCGAUAAGCAAUCUUCGCUUCGCUGAUGAUAUAGCCCUAAUAGCGAGCAGCAACGAAGAAUUGCAGGACCUUACCAACCGCGUAAACACAUGCGCUAACCAGUACGGGAUGCACGUCAAUGCGGAGAAGAGUAAAGUCCUGGUAAACGCCAUCAGCCCAGCAGAGGCUGACAUCAAACUGAACGGGAAAACUCUAGAGCAGGUUCAGACCUUCAAAUACUUGGGUUCCAUUAUGUCGGCGGAUGGGUCAAGUGCACACGAUGUUCACGCCAGGUUGCAAGCCGCGACCGUAGCGAUGGCAAGGCUAAAUCGGAUAUGGAACAGCGGAAGGAUCUCGUUCGCUACGAAAUUCCGACUUUAUAAGUCCCUUGUCAUCCCGGUCUUGACGUAUGGCUGCGAGACCUGGACGCUGCUGUCAGACCAGGAGAGGAAGAUAGCGGCGUUCGAAAUGAAAUGCUAUAGGAGAUUGCUCCAUAUCUCCUACAGAGAAGAAAAGACGAACAAGUUCG